CUGCCAUCUCUUCUCUCUCCUCUACUUACCCUGAGCUUUGAGGUUAAUUCUCAACACCUGACCAGUUUUAACUUGCUGAGUUAAUUAUCAGAUUAAGGACAGGAGACAAUCAGUCCCAAAAGCAGGCCAUUUCCGAAAGCCAAAGACAUCUUUGAGCAGAGAAAGGAAUACGGCAGACAACUUCAUUCCACCAGACCCAGCAGAUUUCUCUCUGGAGCACUUUAGCACUUGGGAGAAGAAAACUCAUCAAAAGCGGUCAAGAUGGCGAUGGACAUGACUGAAAAAGAGAUCUUAAAAAUGCAAAUAGACCAGCUGAAAAAGGAAACAAAAACUGAAAGGCACUUGAUCUCCAAGACAGGAAAAGAAAUCAAGGAAUAUAUAGAGGCCAAUUCAGCAGAAGACCCUCUCUUGAAGCCCAUCCCAGAAGACAAGAACCCUUUUAAGGACAUUAAGGGAGGCUGUACAAUAAGCUGACCCCAGCCCCCCCAAGACAAGAUCUUCACUGCCCUCCUCAAGCAAUACCUGGACUCUGUCUUUCUAGCUUAAGUGAUCUUCCAUGGGAGAAAUAAAACUACUGGACUUAUUUGCUGGAGUUUAAGCCUCCCACCGAACAAUGAAAUUAGGAAGAGGUCUUCGCUUGAAGUAAAGAAACAAGAAGACACCCAUCUAAAGAUGUCCAUGUUGUAAAUAUGCUGUAAUCUUUGCAAGUUCCUCAAAGAAGCCUAGCUAUUAA